AUGAUUGUUACGAACUCUACUUUGAUUUGUAAUUCAUCGAAAUAUCUCAGUCAGUAUGGAGACCUAACAGAAAAGGUAUGUGAGUAUACUGCGGCUGCCAUAGCUGGGUUAUUCUACCUCGCUCUGUUCUUCUUAACGAUACGAUGUGCCCGCUUCAAUCACUGCCUUAAUUCCGAAACUUGUAAAGUGUUAUUUCUUGUUGGUGCCGCUGUUCUGGUACUCCAUGUUUGCACUAACGACACAUAUGAGGACAUUGAUGACUUGAAAGUUAAACUGUGCUUCGAAAUCGCCGUUAACCUCCUCAUUGGCAUAAUCACGCUUUCGAUGGCCUUAUGGAUUUUCAAAGAGCGUCCGAGCCUCAAAUGCAAUGAAAAUUGUCAAACCCCUUGCAGAAAUCCAGAACAUAAAGAUGAAGGGAUGUACAAGUUAAAAAGAAUACUUCCAAAGAACUUUGUUGGGGCUGUGACUGCUUUCAUUUUCAUUAUGGAAGUUUUCCUUAUCGUGAAAACAGGUAAAAGAAAUCAUCAAAUCAAAUGGCUUAUCCUUUUUGACAAGACGGUGUAUCUGUUUGACAACAUUUUCCAGGCGAUUAUUUACUGGUAUCUUCUUAAAAGACGGUGUGUGCCGGAAGAUAAGGUCGAUCAAGCACAAUUCUACUUCAAGGUGAUGUCGUUCUACAAUGCGGUAAUAUGGCUUGAUUCUAUGGUCAACAUUGAGAAUGACUUAGUUCUUGCUUAUGUUGAAGAUAGCGGGCCCCCGUGGGUAAACAUCGUUGCGACGUUCUACAAAGCCUGCAUUAUUGACUAUCGCAUGAUGUUUUGCUUGGUGUUCUUGGAGCAUGCUUUAGACCUGUCUAAUAGAGAAAGAGCUGAAGAGAGAAAUAACUCGAACAAAAGACGGAAAAGUGGUUUUGUGGAAAAUCUGCGUCAUUGUAUUUCUUAUGGAUCUGGUUUAGGCAUAUUCUGCUGUUUUCUACAGUCGGCCUGCAUUCUAAACUUCGCCAGAGAUAUCAAUGCUGGAGCGUGGAUUCAUAGUUUCACGUUUUUAGCUGAAGCGAUUAUCGUCUUCUUUUGCUGGAGACUUGGGAAAAAAUUAUCUGCAAGCGAAAGCGAAGGGAUUCUUAAAAUUGUGGUAUGCUGCUUUGGUGCCGUUGGACUUGCAUACUGGCUAUAUUCUGCCGUUUUGGUAACAAGUUGGGCCAUAGAAGAUCUUAUUCAUGGAUCCUCACAGUAUGACAUCUGGAUGAUAGCUGUAAAGUUUUGGUUUCGAUGUCCGGCAGCUUUUUUUCUAAUCAAAACUUUCAAACAAACAACGAUUGAGAAUAUGGCAACCCAUGAUAUUGUCACAAAUCAGUCGAACAACUUCCUGACUGGAUGUUUGCUUUUUGGCACGAUCUCUGAAUUUCUUGGUGCUGCUUUGGACCAGUAUGUUGGACCAAUCACGGAAAGAUACAAGAAAGAAGUGACCAAAACAAGCUUCAAGAUUCUUCUGGAAGUAGGCCCUGCACUUUAUCUCGCCUUCUGCAUCCAUGCAACACUUCACUUAUUUUUAAUACAGAACAAAAUGAAGGAGAAGGCAAAGGAGAUUCAGCCAGAAGCAAAUCUCCUUAUAAGCGGAGAACAUGGCCGUAGACCGUGGUAUAUUUUGCGUAGUAAAGAACAAACAACAGAUGGAGACCAUGCGUCUUUUUCACAUUCAACUGAAUUUUAAUUUUGAAAUGUGAAAUGAUUGUAAAGGGUGGCAUAAGCUUUAUCGCUCUCGAUAUUUGUUUCAACGAAGUCCCACGCAAACGUUUUCAGCGUUGCAGUUCAACAAAAUUUGAAACAAAUGUUGAAAAUGACAAAUUGUAAACAGGAAGAGUCUCGGUGUCAUCCCUAAAAAAUGUACGUUACGCUAGCUUUAUUAGUAGUAUUAGUUCAGUAACUCAAUCAAUUACUAUUGAAAAUUUUAUUUCUAGAUGAAUUUCGCAGUUUUAAUUGUGAAUACAGAUUACUAAUCUCAUUUUAAACGUUGUAAAGCCAACAACAAAGACAUAUGCAUAUAUCUUAUUUUUUAUAUAUAUGAAAAAUUUCAUCAAAAAACUAAAAAAGUGCUCAACGACAAUAUAAAAGUCGGAGCUGUAUUAAAUAAAAUAG